AUGACGAACGGGCAAUCCAGUCCUGUUGUGCCCAAACUUCCGCAUGAAUUGAUGGAUCGCAUUAUCGACUUAUGCGAUCUACGAUCGACGCUCUACAGUUGUUCUCUCGUAUGCCGCGCGUGGGUCCCGCGCAGUCAAUUCCAUCUUUUCAAAGUAAUGCUCAUCGGGAGCCUCCGAGAAUUCAAGUCUAUUGUGCGGGCUGCAGAAACCCCCCACCUACGGCCAUUGUUCGCCGUCACAUCCUCUCUGGACAUUACGGGAUAUUCAGACUAUGCGAACCAACGCAAGUGGAUACAAACCAUGGCUCUUAGGUUGGGGGAGCCCUUUUCUGGCGUUACAAGUCUCAGUAUGAGCGGUAUUGACUGGGGUAGUCCUACAUUACCUCCGAACGUGCUGGCAACUGGAUUCGCAAGCUUCACAGGUACCGUCAAGAUGGUUCUGUCCGACUGCAAAUUUUCCACAUUUGGUGUGUUUCGACGCAUCAUUUCUGCAUUUCCCAAUCUGCGAGAACUCCACUUGUAUCAUCUCAAAAUUCGUAGCAAUCCCUCCCCGCAGUUUCUUGAAGCUGUAGCCGGUUCCCCAAGACCGCGACUAGAAUCUUUGACCACCAUCGAUGUUUGCUAUGCUUUGUAUGAUUGGCUGAGUGUAACCCCAUCUAUUCGGGCGUUGCACAGACUGGAGCUGAAUACGGCCACGGAUCAGAUGGAGAGCGAAGCGAGCCAGCGGAUGAUAUCAUUAGUGGGUGAGCAUUUGAAGGAUCUCCGAGUCAAAUUAACUAAUGAGAACCAAGUGAAAAGCUUUUGCAGCAGUCUCUGUCUGACAAAAUGUGCGGAUUUGGAGAUACUGCAUCUUAUAUUACCCACGGGGAUCGACACGCUAGACAUACAUUCCUAUCUUGCUGCGCUACUCUCGCAAAUCUCCCCCUCCAGUCGGCUCCAGCACCUUGUCUUCUCAACCCGACUUAAUUUGGAGGGAGAUACCAUAGACUAUUACCGCCUCGGGCCUGUUGACAAGCUUCUUAGCCACAGUCAUUUCAGGAACCUUUGCUUGGUAUGUGCAGAAGUACUCGUCAAGUUCAAUCUGCCGCUUGGAGUUACCGAGCUUCACCUGCAACAGGGGGUAGAGAAUGCACUUUCUGACCUAGUAAAUCGCAACGUGACGGUGCGUUGCCUGGUUUUUCCCGAGUAUGAAGAUCAAUCGUCCGAAGAUGAGGGCAAUGUCCUGGAGGACAAUGCGAGCAGGACCAUUGCUAUGCCUGAUGACGUUGAGAGAGAUGGUCAAGAGGGGGGCGAGAUUUGA